GGUUUAUCGGUGGAUUGUAAAUCCGACUCAAGUAUCGAUAUUCUAAAAAAUAAUUUCCAUAUACCGUAAUUGAUAUGUACCAAUUGAAGGUUCAUAUCCCCUCCACGCGGCACUUUAACACCCCUACGCCAUUGCAGCCAUAAUUGGGCAGAUACUUGGAGGCUAGGGAUGCGAUGAGCGUAGCACGACCAGCACGGUGUCUGCUCUCAAGGCGGUUUGCUGCCUCUGCUAAACCAACAGUAGCACCAUCGCAAUGUUACGCCUCCUUCCACAGCUCGGCGCAGCUCGCCUCGAGGCGGAAACCCCGAUUCAAGAGCAUAAGAGCUGAGGAAAUGGGACUUGUUACGCCGCAAAAGGUUGAGGAAUAUGGAAAGAAGACGUUUCCCAGCUAUACUCCGGAAGAGAUAGAGGUUUUGAAAAAAAGGUACACUCCCGAGCAGAUGGCAGCCCUGGAGGCCGGUGAAGCGGCUAUCGACCCGAAGGACUUGACGAUACAAGGCCGAAUACGAAGAGAUCCUUAUAAACUGCCGUACUUGGACGAUUUCAGCAAAAUAUAUCCUAUUAUCGAUAAGCGCCCUCAAAUCCACCCUCCCCCCAACCCGAACGCUCGGUUUAUGACGGAGGAGGAGCACACUCUUGACCUACAGAGGCACCUCGAGGCUUUAAUCCCGAAAGACGUCGAUUUCGAGGGAAUGUCGGCGGAGGAGAUAAAGAAGAUACUAGCAAAGCGCGUCGAUCUUCCGAUGGAGGAAGCGAAAUACUUCCUCGAGCCUGAGACUAUGGUGAACAGCAACGGACCCACGAACUCAGCUGUCGCGCCGGCCUUAGGUAAGAAGCUGGCCGGAGUAGCGGGCUUGUAUAAGCCAGCAGUCGACCCGGCGGACGAGGGCAAGGAUGACCAGGGCAUAUAUCAGCAAUUGAAGCGGCGGACGGGCCUGACCGUGGGCGAGAUAUUGGACAUCAACACCAAGAUCCUCGUCGUACGCUUCGUCCACAACCAGACUCGUCUAGGCAAGAUCCGCAGUUUGUGGAUGUUAGCCAUCGCCGGCAACGGCAAUGGCCGCCUCGGAAUCGGCGAGGCUAAAUCCGUCGAGAACGAGGUCGCAAAGCAGAAGGCCAAACUCUUAGCCAUCCAAAACAUGCAACCGAUCCGUAGGUAUGAGGGCAGGACAAUUUACGGCUCGGUGAAGGGGAAGGUCGGCGCAACCAUCGUCGAGAUCGACGCCCGUCCACCUGGCUUUGGUCUACGCGCUUCCCACCGUCUCUUCGAGAUCUUCCGCGCUGUGGGCAUCAAAGACAUAGCGGCCAAGAUGCCGCGGUCGAGAAACCCGAUGAACUCCGUCAAGGCCUGCGUACAGGCUUUGCAGAGCCAAAAAGACCCCGAGGAACUCGCUAUCGGUAGGGGCAAAAAGUUGGUGGACGUCCGGAAGGUGUACUACGGCGGAAGGGUGUAUUAAUAUACCAACCAACCGACUCGCUAAUUUAUGUGUAUAAAUAUUAUGCGGGUGAAAAGCCUACAUGUAAAUGAAGUUAAAUAAACCAGAUCAAGCGCAGUGAACGCACUGCAGCA